GCAAAAGUUGAUCCGAUUCACAUCAUAAAUGCUUUCUCUCCGUCGAUGUUGCGCACACACAAGAGCUGCCGGGAGACACCUCGUUAGUUCCAAAGCAAGUCCGCGGACCGACCCACAAAUACAAAACGCCAUCUACGUGUCCGAAUCCUCUGACCCGUACUUCAAUCUGACAUUCGAGGACUGGCUCUUCAGACGCAGCCCCCCGGAGAAGCCUCUCCUGUUCCUCUACCGCAACAAUCCGUGCGUCGUCAUCGGGCGGAACCAGAAUCCGUGGAAGGAGGUCAACUUCCGCGCGCUGCGCGCGGCUGGGAAUGUAUCGUUUCUGCGCAGACGAAGCGGCGGCGGGACGGUCUACCACGACCUGGGCAACACGAACUUCUCCAUCCACCUCCCCCGCCGUGCCUUCGACCGCCAGACGACAGGCGCCCUGAUCCUGCGGGCCGUCACGACGCUGGACAUCCCCGGCGUGCGUCUCAACGACCGGAACGACAUCUGCGUCGCGGACGACAAGGUUUCGGGAUCGGCGUACAAGAUCACCACCGGGCGCGCGUACCACCACGGCACGAUGCUCAUCUCGACGCGUCUGGACACACUCGGCGACCUCCUGCGGGUCGAGGGCAAGGAAACGAUGCAGACGAACGGCGUUGCCUCGGUCCGGUCACCUGUGUGCAAUAUCAGGCAGACGCAGCCGGAUGUGACGCAUUCCGCCUUUGUGGAUGCGGUGGUCUCGCAGUUCCAGCAGGAAUACGAUAUCGACGACAAGCCUCUCACCGUCGACGAGUCCUGGGAUGUCGAUAGCGAGUUCAUGAGCAGUGGCAUAGACGAGCUACAGGGCUGGGACUGGCUCUACGGUCAAACACCCUUCUUCACGUACACCCUAGAACGCGAGUUCGCAUGGGGCACUCUCCGUGCGGAGGUCUCCUCGAAGCACGGGAUGAUUAUGUCCUGCUCGCUCUCUGCGCCGCAAGCCCCGAGUGCGGUGCAGCAGGCGCUGCACGCGCUGGGCAAGUCUGCGGAGGCUAAAGCCUAUGGACAGUGGCCGCAAGCGGAAACGGACCAGUAUCCGGAGCUGCUGGAGGUAGGUUUGUGGCUCAAGGAGGCGUUCCAGUGAGAAGACUAUCGGAGCUCCGGUCCUCUAGCUAGGCGUAUUUUCAGUUGAUGGGGGGGGGGGGUGGCCUUUUGGACAAGGCGUCGUCGAAGAUCUGGAAUAGUUUGCCAGAGCUCAAUGAUUACUUAGAUCCGAGCCCGCGAACAAACCAAUCGAUAGAAUUGGCCGAUCCGAGCCAUGCCGUCAGGAUAUAGACAAUGAGAGACUGGAUGGAGAUCGAGCGAGAACAAAGCAGAUUCUUGGAACAAAGGAGAUGCGGGAUGGCUGCGCGUGGCACGAGGCUGCGAAGGCGAUCUGCGAAGACCGACAACUAAGGAUAGACGAUGAUAUCUUCCCCCGCCCAGAGCUCGCUCGAACAGUGGGUGGUCUUCCCACACACAAUAUCCAGGAACAAGGCGCAAGUGCACACAAAUUGACAGAGCCGUAAGUACAGACACAAAAGACGUUUUAACAAGCAAAGUGGGCGAAUUCGCCUCUAACCAAAGUGAAGAACAACUACAUCUGCACCAUGAGCAGAUACUUGAGCCGGAUCUGGGCGGUGUCGUACACGAUGUACUCGUUGUACAGCAGGUGGCCCCCAGCUAUCGGCGAGUCCACGGGCUUGCCCUCCGGCAUGUGGACGCCUCGGAGCGCGUCGUUGUCGAGCGCCUCUCCGGCGUCCUUCCAGUCUCCGGGCUGAGUUGAUCCCAGGCCUUUUGUUGCACUAGCAAGGGUGAAUCAGCCUAAAGAGCGGAGAUGCGGCAUGGGCUCCUCACAGCUUUUUGGCCUUCUUGCAGCCUUUGUCGGCGUCAUAUUCCUUGAAUACACUUAGUACAGGACAAGAGGAAGGGAGAUUCCAAUGGCAUACAGCAGUCGUGCGCUCGUAGAAU